AAACCGAAACCAAGCUGUAGACCGAUUUACCCGCCCUAGUUUUUUUUUAUAGAAACAAAUAUCAAAUCAGAUGCCAAUAUUUCCAAAAAUGAUUAGGGAAAGGCCCACAUACAUAAAUACACACACACACAAACCAUAAUAAAUAUGCGUCUGUAUAAAUACCAUACAAAGGUAACAUAGAGAUAGAUUUAGAGAAAAGCUUCGACGCCUCUCAGCUUCACCGAACAUCACGGUGGCUAAUACAAAAAAAAAGGCAUAACAUGAUCAACCACUAACCCCUCAAACACACAUUUUACCAAAAAAAAAAAACCAACUCUUUCUCCCUCCCUCUCUAAACAUGUCAGCGGCCGGCGCUAGCCCAUUGGCCGUUGCACCGAUCACACGACGUCGCAUCGGAGACUCCCUCGAAACCACCACAACCUCCGAACGAGCCUCCGUUUCCUCCGAGUAUUGCAACAUAGUCAACAUCUCCUCCCUCUCGCCGGACUUAGACGACGUCGAGGGAGCGAACGGCGCGUGUUCCUCACCUUCCUCGAUGGGCUCCACGUCUAGCGGAUCGCAUUACCACCACGAUCAUCACUACCACCCGAAGAUUCGGUACCUCAUCCCACGUAAACUAAAGUGGCCAUUUCUGUGCGACGGUGGAUGGACGGCUGUGAUUGGUCAAGGAUUGGGGAGAAACGUGGGACGUCGGAUCUUGGGUCUCCUCAUGGUUCUCGUCGUCGUUUCUCUCUUUGUCAGAGUUUCUGUUAUGAGUGGGCGCGUUGCUGAUCACGCGCACAGGAGAGAUUUGAACGAGCUUGUUGUCGUUAGGGCGUUACAUGAAGAUUGGUCGAUGGCUCAAAACGCAAUGUCGGAGAACGUUGCUGUCGAGAAGCUUCCCAUUCCGGAGAUAUGGCAGAAACCUGAAUCCAGCAAUUAUCGCCAGUGUGCGUCACGUCCCAAGAGUCAUUCAAGGGCACGUAGAAAAACCAACGGUUACCUUCUAGUACACGCCAAUGGCGGGUUGAAUCAGAUGAGAACUGGGAUAUGUGACAUGGUUGCUGCAGCAAAGAUUAUGAAUGCAACUCUUGUUCUUCCUCUCCUCGACCAUGAAUCUUUCUGGACUGACCCCAGCACGUUCAAAGACAUUUUUGACUGGCGACACUUCAUGAACGUAUUGAAAGAUGACGUUGACAUCAUCGAGUACUUGCCUCCUCGCUAUGCAGCCAUGAAACCUCUCCUGAAGGCUCCUGUUUCUUGGUCCAAGGCUAGUUACUACAGAAGAGAGAUGCUACCACUAUUGAAAAAAUAUAAAGUGAUAAAAUUCACACACACCGAUUCGCGCCUGGCCAACAAUGGCUUGCCACCAUCAAUCCAACGGCUGAGAUGCCGUGCUAACUACCAAGCAUUAGGUUACUCCAAGGAGAUUGAAGAUUUUGGAAACGUUUUGGUCAACCGGUUAAGAAACAACAGUGAACCCUUCAUUGCUCUACACUUACGCUAUGAGAAAGAUAUGCUUGCCUUUACAGGCUGCAGCCACAACCUCACAUCUGGAGAAGCUGAAGAGCUGAGGAUCAUGAGAUACAAUGUGAAACAUUGGAAAGAGAAAGAGAUUGACAGCAGAGAGAGAAGGAUCCAAGGUGGCUGCCCUAUGUCUCCACGAGAAGCAGCCAUAUUUUUAAAGGCAAUGGGGUACCCAUCUUCCACUACGGUGUACAUAGUUGCUGGUGAAAUCUAUGGAGGUAAUAGUAUGGAUGCUUUCAGAGAAGAGUACCCAAACGUGUUCUCCCAUUCAACUUUAGCAACUGAAGAAGAGUUAGAGCCCUUUAAGCCAUACCAAAACCGCUUAGCUGCGUUGGAUUACAUCGUGGCGUUAGAAAGCGAUGUUUUCGUGUAUACAUAUGAUGGCAAUAUGGCUAAGGCUGUACAAGGGCACAGGAGGUUUGAAGGGUUCAAGAAGACUAUCAAUCCAGACAGGUUAAAUUUUGUUAGACUGAUAGAUCAUUUAGACGAGGGUGUGAUGUCUUGGGAUGAGUUUUCUUCAGAGGUGAAGAGAUUACAUGGAGCCAGGAUUGGAGCUCCUUAUGCUAGACUUCCUGGUGAGUUCCCUCGGCUAGAGGAGAACUUUUAUGCGAACCCGCAACCAGAUUGCAUCUGUAACAAGUCUCAGCCGGAGCAGCCUUGGAAGUCAAGUGUAAGAAGAGAGUCAGAUAGAUGGAAGGAGAGUUCAAGAUAGAAGAACGAAGACAAGACAUUGGUUCAACACUUUUGUAGGCCUUCUUGUACAAUAUAGGAAAAAGAAGAAGACUGGUUUCUUGGAAGAUCCAUACAAAUUUGUAGGAUCUAAUUCACUAUACAUGAGCAUCAAUGAUAUACCAUUUUUCAUUUUCUUCUUGUGCUUCAAAGCAGCUGGUUAGGAAUCUCACGGGUUACUUACAAACCAAUAGAGAUAUAUGAUUGAUCCUUGUCAAACAGAAGUAUAAUUUGUGUUAAUCUUUCUUUUUGUCCCAUCAUUUAAAUCACAUUGUUGUUCUUAUUAGUGACCUUUACAGUGGUGUAUGGAUUUAUACAUGAUAAUUGUUUGUAGUUUUGUCUAUAGCUGCUUUGUGUCAAAAAAAAAAAAAAAAAACAGAUUAUAUCAGAGCCAGGUUCGAUCCUGGGACCUGUGGGUUAUGGGCCCACCACGCUUCCGCUGCGCCACUCUGAUUUCUUGGUAGUCUUGUAUUUGUAAAUUAAAGAUUAUUGGUUGAGCAGAGCAUUGGGCCAUGGGGGUCCUGACUCCAGACCGAACAUCUUCAAGCCGGGUCAACCCUCGAAAAUAACCGGCCCGGUUAAAUCACAGCUUAAUAUAAUUUCAAAUUAAUUGCAGAUUUGCAGGGUUCGUCAUCUUCAACGAGAUCUCUCCGACACUUCAACCUCCAUUCGAUUAACCCAGAGAAACCAUGGGAUUCUGGACGCUAAUGGAAGGGUUGCUGCUAUUCGCAAACGCACUAGCUAUCCUCAACGAAGACCGUUUCCUAGCUCCAAAAGGAUGGACCCUCGCGGAGCUACACCAAACCGGCAAAAGAAACUCUCUCAAAGGCCAAAUCGUUGGUCUCAUCCACGCUUGCCAGUACAUGAGGCUCCCCCUCAUGCUCUUUAACUUAAUUGUCAUCGUCGUUAAGCUUUUCUCCGGUUAAAAACACACUAGUUUUUCUUUUCUUUUUUGUUGACCCUUGUCAGAACAAAUGACUUUUGUUGUUGAAAUUUAAAAAUCAAAAGCUCGCAUUUGUGUAUA